CAAGAUACAUCUGUAUAUAUGUGAAAUCUUUGGUCAACAUGAGAACCAAUAGGCUUUGACCUCUUGGAGUCAAAGGCCACACCUUUCAUUGCACCAUUGCUAACACCUGUUGAGGUUUAGCCCUUUCUUUUCUCAUUAAUUAGUUCCAGUUCAGCCUUCUACCUUUUGUUAUCAGCACUGUGGAGUUCUCAGCUUUUGCCCACACUCCUGUAUAUGCAGUGCUUCCCCCUUUUUUUCAAAUGGCGUGUAGAGAGCUUGGGGGCUCUAAGAUUUUACUAUAUUUGGGGAUUUUUCUGGUUGUGAGUACGUUUUGCCAUUGUUCCAAAUUAAUACACAACUCUACAUUGAAUCAAAGUCGAGACAAAAGUAACGUCGUCCACACUGGAAGACUAUUAUUCUCUCAACAAGUUAUAGGUCAUAAAAGUGACAACCUGGAUGUCGAUUCAGAUUACCAAGCAGACAUGGGGUGGGAAAUGUCCAAGCAACCCAGUGGUCCAGAAGAUGGUUUUUCCAAACCAGACCAGGCAAUUGUGGAGCAACUCCUUCAAAUGGAUCCUAAGGUGGAAUGUACCGCUGACUCCAUGAAGCUUCAGGUCCGAGAGAUUUCCUCCACCCCAGGAACAUUGUUAUUGGUUGAUAGGGGUACGCUCAUGACUCCUUUGCCUCUGUCCAUGCUGCCUCAAAGCUGUGGUUAUACAAUCAGGUCAACACCAAGCAAUAUGGUCUUAGUGGCUCCUUAUAAUGGCUGCUUUGUUACUGUUCAGGAGGAUGCGUAUGUACUACCAUUGCUUUGGUGGGGGUUGCCAGUGAGGAUGACUUGCCCUUUGAUGAGACGGCCUUCAAAUGCACCCGUGGUCACCUGCCAUGCAGAAGGCAUGGUUGUAAAAUUGGAGUGGACUCUUCCAGCCUCUAAAAUGAAAAUAAAUUUGAAUGGUGACUGGGAGUGGCUAAGUGCUGCUGCACUCAAAUGUGGCAUCACUGUUGGUGAACAUGUUGAAGGUGUGAGCAUCUUUGUCCGCUAUGAUCCCUGUGUGGAGAUGAAGGAUGGAAAGUACACCGUUUUAUUGGCUGGAGAAAGAGAGGUUAAGGUUUCCUGUCCAACGAUUCAAGGUCAAUCUGGACCCACAAGACAAACAACACAGGCUCCAAAAAAAGAACAAUCACCAGACAAAGAGUGGUAUCCCCAUCACACAGUUGAUCAUUCAUACAAACCCACGGUACCUCCGAAUCCCAUGCCUUUUACACACCAGGUCCAACCUAAACCAGACAUUAACCCAACACCUGCUCCACAGCCCCCCAAACCACCAAAACCCGAGGUUCUUUCAGGUCGCAAUCGGGAGUCUCACUAUUUGUACCCCUAUCCACCAUACCCAAUGCCCAGCCCUGGAGCAGAAAGUGAAGAAAAACCCACUCCUGCUCCAAAACCUGAAGUGCCUUCAGAUCAUGAUGAAAAGCCAUAUUACCCCUUCACCAUGCCAUGGCCAGAAAAAAAACCAAACAAGGUCACCGAACCCCUGCCUUCUCCACAACCUCCCAAACCACAACCACCUGAGGUUUUUCCAGGUGAUAUUCACCAGCAUUACACCUAUCCACUUUACCCAGUGCCUAACCCUGGAGAAGACCCUGACAAAAAACCCAUGCCUGCACCACCAAAACAACUUGAAGAUUAUCCAGGUCAUGUGAAGCCAUUUUACCCCUUCUUCACCAUGCCAUGGCCUGAAAAUAAACCAAACCAUCCACAGCCCCCCAAAACACAACCUGAUCUUCUUCCAGGUCUUACUCAGAAGCCUGCCUUCCCAUUUCCCUAUCCAUUUUACACUAUGCCGACCCCUGUGGAAGACAAAAUCCCCAUGCCUUCGCUAUCAAAACCUGAACUUCUUCCACUUCCCCCCAAACCACCAAGACGUGAGAUUUUUUUAGGUCCUAUUCAGAACCCUGACGAUCCAUACAAAUAUCCACUUUACCCUAUGCCUGAUCCUCUAGCAGAACCUGACAAAAAACCCAUGCCUGUACCACCAAAACAACCUGAAGAUUAUCCAGAUCAUGUGAAGCCAUUUUACCCCUUCGUCAACAUGCCAUGGCCUGAAAAAGAACCAAACCAACAUACCAAGCCAGUGCCUCCUCUACAACCCCUCAAACCACAACAGCCUGGGGUGCAAUCAGGUCUAGGUGGACAACCAGCCUUCGACAAUCUAUUUAACCCUCCACUUGAUGAUAAACCUGUUGUGCCCCUUUUACCUCAAAACCCUGUGACUCAGACCAGUCAAACUGGGCAGCCAGUCUGUCCCAAAAACUAUCCAUUUUGCACUGCACCUGAAGAAAAACCAAUUCUCAACAAACCGCAAGAACCUGUCAUUCCACCAAUUGACAGCCUUUGGCCGGUCAACCCCAUACCUGGGCCUGAAUUUAUACCCGUGCGACAUCCUGAAUGCCCUCCAGGUCAUGUCCAAUGCAAGCACCCCUUUCAGGUGUAUGUUGCGAAUGGUCCUCCCAAAAAGCCAGUUCCACCAGAACCAAAACAACCUCCAUGUAAAGAGCAGCAGCCAGCCCAUCCAUAUCCAAAUCCGCUUUAUCCAUGGCUGUUCCAACCGCCACAGCCUGAGGUCCCACCGAGUCAGGCAGAGAAGCCAGUCUACCCAUUCUUGUCUAUACCAGUGCCUGAAAAGAAACCACUUACCGAGCCUGCACAACCUCCACAGCUCCCCAAACCCCAAGAGCCUGAAUUGCCUCCUGGUCAGCUCCAGCCGCCUCACUAUCCAUACCUCUAUCCACCCUACUCUGUACCCACUCCUGAUGAGAUGUUCAAAAAGCCACCGCCUUCUCUACAGCCAACUGAACCAGAAUCUGAACACCCACCGGUUGAUGUGGAGCCAGCCAAACCCUUCCCUUCUUUUCCGUUUAACCCUGUUCCUGUUAUCAAGCCCACACAUCCUCCACAGAAGCCUGAGGUCCCUGAGAAAACAGUUCAGGGACCUCAACCACCACCAAUACCAGACGUUGAAACGAAUGCUCGCAUACAUUCCAUUGAGAAGCCUAAAAAUGAAAAACCUCCAGCCAAAACGCCUCCAGAUAGCCAGAUGCCACAGUGGCGUCACCCACAAUGGCAGCAGUUUGUAGCAUUACCCUCAGCGUCUCCAACCAAGCAACCCCAGCACGGUGUUAAAACCCCUCUGCAGGCUCUGCUCUCGCAGGGUUCAACACGUGGUUGCAUCAAAUUUUGCACUGCUGGUUUUUCAAAUUGUUGCCCACAGAUUGCUUUUCAUCAACAUCUUUAUCAUCUUCCGCCUCCUGUGCCUGAUGGUAAAGUGACCUCCCAAGGGUUUCCAUAUGUUGCCUCCAUGACUUAUGGCCCUGGAAAUGGCAUACAUUAUACUUGGUCUGCUCAAAAACCACAUGAUUCUGGGAAAGCUGCUGACUCUGUCCCCACUUCCACCCACUUUCUGACAUACGGAAGUCAAAAGCAACAACCUGACCAACCCCUGGGUGAUAAUUUGGCAUUACCAGGACAUAAUCCCACCAAUACAGCAGCUUCUGAAGUACCAAUUUACCCUUUUGUUCCUAACUCCAAUUCACGUUUGUCCAGUUGGCCCUAUGAGACUAUCCAACAUUCUCCACAAGGCCAAUCAUCACCUGAAGAUGUGCCUCCGUUCAGUCUUGAAAAUCUGUUUAAUGCUGCUGUGAAUCAAGGGGGACAAAAUCCAAAUCGUCACCCAACAAAGCAAAAUGUGCAACUAUCGUCUGGCCUGAUAAAUUACUCACCUGGUCUAAAUGCCAUGUCUCAUAUCAACCAAUACCUUCAGCAGCAACAAACAAAUCAAAUGCCAACUCCUUUGGAAUUAUUCCAUGGACCCGAAAAGCCUUCCCCGCCAGAAGCUGAGGGUGAACUGAGUCAUUUGCUACCUUACUCCAUGUUUGACGAUUUUGACGCUACUACAAAUACUUCAGUCCUCACCGAUUUACCACGUUCAUCACUUCCGAAAAAAACAAGGAAAUUCUUCAAACGUGGUCAGGCCAGGCGUUCUUAUGAACCAAAGGGAUACAUGCUUCUACAACAUGGUCCCCCAGGUAAAGAAGCUGGCACUUCUGAGUCCAAGCAGAAAUUCCCGGAUGAGGCUAUUGAAGAAACUGUCCCGGCCCGACGUCUUGCAAGGAAGUCCCAACAUCUACGAUGGCUUGAGCCAGGAGUGGCCAAGACUCCAAAAGAUGACUUUAAAUCCAGCAGACCUGAUACCGAGCUGCCAAAUGUUCCUGUAAACAGACGCGGACUGGACCAUCCCAGUGAAGAAGGGUCAGAGUAAGCAGAUGACAUGCAUUGUAAAUAAACUAUAAUUUGACCUUGAGUAUAUACUUAAUAAAUACUCUCACAGGAACACUUGGUAUGUUCUCAUUAG